AUGUUAUCGGCGUGGCUGGUGCUCCUGAGCAGUUUCUUUAUUUGGCAAAUGACGGAGACCCAGUUGAUUUAUAAGCUAAACAAAAUGGAGUGUCAGGUAAAUCAGUCGCGGGUGACUAACGUUUCUUGCCAUGUGAAGGCAAUUAAUUGGAAUAUGGCAGUGGUGAACAUGGAUUGCUUUAUGAUUGUACCUUUGAUAAAACCAGUUAUUCGAAUACAGGUUUUUAUGAAGGACUACAGUAAUCAGUACAAACCAUUUCUAGUCGACGUGACCGUCAAAAUAUGCGACGUGAUCGAAAGAAGGAACUUUAUCCCCUAUGGCGUCAUUACCUGGAAGCUCUUCAAGCGAUUUACGAAUGUGAACCACUCUUGCCCUUUUUCGGGACAGCUUACCGCCCGUGACGGAUAUCUGGAAACCAAUCUCCUUCCGCCGUUUCCCCAAGGAUUAUAUUUAAUCAGUUUAAUAGUCAUGGAUACCAAUUCUACAAACAGGGACUAUGUGGGCACAAUGAAGUUCUUCCUUCAAGCCAUGGAACAGAUAAGAAGCAGGAAAAAACCCAGAUCCUAGUUCCCCCCAUAUUCCAAAAAGCACUUUCCACCGAAACGGUUAGUAAUUUUUCUUUUACAGAUUGGAAACUGUGUGAGACAGAUUUUUAAACGAUUUUGUAUUUCUAUCAAACUUUAUCAUAAAUAGUAUUCCGGUUUUUUUUUAUUUAAUGCCUUGAUAAAAGUUUUGGGAACUUUAAAGCAAUUGCCACCUGGUGAAGUGUUAUUCUUGUAAACCAU